UGCGCCAAGCCCAGCGAGGAAGAAGAGAAGGGAACUCGCUCGCGCUCCGCUGCAGCAGCGAACCCCGCGCCGCAGCGAACCCGAUCGAUGGCCUCCGCUGCGGCGUCGCGGCCCCCGGCCCCGCCGCCGCCGCCUCCCUCGCCCCCGCCGUCGGCCGCGAUGCAGUGGCUCGCCCUGCGCGUCUCCUUCAGCCUCGAGGACGCCGGCGGGUGUGGCGGCGGCAGGGACGCUGCGGGGGGCGGGGGAGCCAGCGCCGACUUCGAGUUCCUCCUCGCCGGCUGCUCCGCCGUGUCCACCAUGCUCCCCGCCGACGAGCUCUUCUCCGGGGGCAAGUUCGUCCCGCUCUGCCUCCCAUCUUCCUCGGAGGCCGCGGCGGCGGCCACCCGGCCUCCGCUGGCCCCGGCGCUGACAACGCAGCAACCCGAGAGGGCGAGGUCGGAGGAGACGCCGAGGGCGGAGGCGGCCAAGGAUGCGGUGGUGGAGGCGGAGCAGGCAACGGAGGAGCCUAAGGAUCCGGCCAGGAGGUGGAGGGACCUGCUGCGGAUGCGGAAGCAGCAGGAGUCGGCGUCGUCGUCGUCUUCCUCCUCUUCCUCGACGGAGACCAAGCCGCUCCGCCGCCUCCUCCGCCGCGGGCCGAAGCCGCUGGAGCAGGAGCCGUCCCUCAGCCUCCCCCUCCUCCGCGACCCCAACGACGCCGACAUGCCGCCCGCGUCGGCUCCAACUCCAUCACCGACCCCGCCGCCUCCCGUGAGCACGUCGCAGCACCAGUUGCCGCCGAAGAUCCGGCUCACGGCAGCGCAGGCGGCGGUGGCGGGCACCGUGAGCCCGCGACGACGCCACCAGGAGCAGGAGCUGCCCACGACGCGGACUCGCGCGCGACGUCCCUCUCCUCUCCCUCACCGCACACGACUCCCCAGCGCAGACCCUCGCGAGGCGAGGCCGGAGAAGGCCGGGGCGAGGUGGAUCCGCGUUGGGGUCAACAGAUCCCAGCGGCUCGAGCUCGGAUCUGGCCAGAGACGGGGGCGAGGUGGCCAACGGCGGAGCUUUGAGCUCGGGCUCCCAUGGCAGCAGCCUCGCAGCAGGGAAGAAGGAGACCGAGAUGGUAUGCAUGCACGGGGUGUUGACUUGUUAGUAUCAUGCAUAAUUUCUCCCAAAACACAUCAUGCCCCCGAUUCCCUCCCCCAGCCGGCGCCGUCGGAGCAUGCGGUGGCGGUCGCGCCCGGCCGACGAAGGCUGUUGGUGCUGGCUAGGCCCCCUCAACGGUCUCCCUUCGCACGGAGCGGGACGUCGUGUGGGGCAGCCAUGGAGGUGGGGUGGCCGGCGGCGUGUUUCACGGGAAGGUGGAGUGUGAGAGCCACUGGAGCAGAGCGGGGAGCAUGGAGGGAAGGUGGAUUCUCGCGACAUGUGUUGCAGGGUGGUGGCCGAGGUUGGUGCACAGGUUCUGCUUGUGACGGCGGCGCGAGCCCAAACAUGGACGCGGCGGCGCCAAGGAGGUCGUGCCAUGAAGGAUACCAGCGGGCAGUGGGCGGUCGUUUGCCUCCGUGCAAGGGGCGCUCGGUGUUGCCUCGAGAGAGCUGGCGCUCGGGAGUGCUCGGAGGUGCUGUUCAGAUCCGAUCUGGUGGCAGUCCCCUGGUUGGGGAGAUCAAUUGA